AUGGCUAGCCUCCUACCCAAUCAGAACACAAUACAAGCACAUCCAUAUCGUUGGCCAUACACCUCAAACAUUGGACCGGAAACCACUGCACUGAUCAUAGUAGACAUGCAAAUGGACUUCUGCUCUCCAGGCGGAUAUCUCGAUGCACAGGGUCUCUCAAUUGAAACGACACGGGCACUAAUACCGAAUAUCCAAUCAAUGCUGCAGGCAUUCAGAGCACACAAGUUCCCUGUCUACCACACGCGCGAAGGCCACCGCGCCGACCUCUCAACACUAUCAUCUCGCGAACAGAAACGAAGCCGCAACAACCUGAGCGGCAUUGGGAUAGGAGACCAAGGCCCACUUGGUCGCUUGCUGGUUCGAGGCGAGAAAGGGCACGAGAUUAUUCCGGAGCUGACGCCCUUGACUGGAGAACCUAUUAUCGACAAGCCUGGCAGGAGUGCCUUCCAGCAUACCGACCUCAAGUUGCUCUUAGAUAACCGCGGCGUUAAGAACUUAGUGCUGUGCGGUGUCACUACCGAUGUGUGUGUGACUGGCACAAUGAGAGAUGCAAAUGAUAUGGGCUUCGAUUGCCUUCUUGUGUCGGAUGCUUCGGCCGCCGGGCAGCCGCACCUUCAUGACGCCGCCGUCGAGAGCAUUUGCGAGGAGGGUGGGAUUUUCGGCGCGGUUGCUCUCACCGAAUAUGUGCUGAGAGGUGUGAAUCCUUGA